AUGGCGUCAAUUGCAAGCGGCCUGCGGCAUGCGAGGUGCGCAAGUUCGAUUGCGGCGGCACCAUGGCGAUCAUCAAUCGUUCCUCGAUCAAGCUUCCAGCUUGCAAUUCGCUCCAUAACCAACGACGCCCAAAAGCCCUCCGGUGCCGACCUCGAAGCCUCUUCCGCUGCUGAAUCGGUCUUGAUUCCGUAUCAGGGCGUGACCCACGCGCGAGUCCUGCCGGCUACUCCGUCAUAUUUUUCGCGGGAACCUCUCUUCAACGACUUAUACAUUGGCAUCUCCAAACUGCUCACCAAAUACAACCACCUACCCACAGUUACCCCCAGCGAGGCGCCGCAGAUGCCAUGGACGAAGCUGGAGGAGAUGCGAGCACAGAUGGGAGAGCCCAUCAAGUCUUCACAUUACGCAAAAGUCAUGCGGGUGGCCAAGCGCCUGAACCUCAUUGAGCCCAGCCUACGGCCGGCCGAGGUUACGGUUGCGCUGUCGGAGUUUACUAGAGACAUCAACCCGUUCUUGAACAUGCCGAACCCGAUCCAGAUCGACAAGUUCGGGCGGGCCGUCGGUGUUGGCAAGAGAAAGGAGUCGACUGCCCGCGCAUUCGUUGUGGAGGGUACCGGGGAGGUUCUAGUAAACGGCAAGACACUGAGCGAGGCCUUUGGUCGCGUGCACGACCGUGAAAGCGCAGUCUGGGCUCUCACUGCCACUGAGAGGCUGGACAAAUACAACGUCUGGGCCUUGGUCGAGGGAGGCGGUACAACGGGACAGGCCGAGGCCAUCACCCUGGCCGUCGCAAAGGCGCUGGUUGCUCACGAGCCAGCAUUGAAAACUGCUCUAAGAAAAGCCGGUUGCAUCACACGCGACCCCAGGACGGUGGAGAGGAAGAAGCAUGGACAUGUCAAGGCCCGAAAGAUGCCUGCUUGGGUCAAACGAUAG